AUGAAGGCCGAUGUCAAGGAAGUUGAGAUGGGCACAGAUGGCUCGAACCACAUCCGAGCCUCAAACAGACAAGACAACCAAGUUGCCGCACCGGACAAUACCACAAACGUGCCGGCCAAUCCCCCACCGCCUCCGAAUGGCGGCUACGGGUGGGUUUGCACAGCGUGUGUCGCGACCAUCAACGGUCACUCGUGGGGUCUGAACUCGUCCUACGGCGUGUUCCUCGCCUACUAUCUAGCCAACGAUGUCUAUCCUGGCGCGACGUCCCUCGAGUACGCCUUUGUAGGGUCUUUGAGCUUCAGUUGUGCACUUCUCAUCUCCCCGCUUGCCACUAUCGGCGUCCGCCGGUUCGGUACCAAGCCGACCAUCCUGCUCGGUGUUGUCCUCGAGUCGGCCAGUCUCAUAGCAGCGAGCUUCGCCACCCAGAUCUGGCACCUCUUUCUUACCCAGGGCAUCCUCUUCGGUCUGGGUAUGGGCUUCAUGUUUGUUGCAUCUGUGCCCAUCGUACCCCAAUGGUUCACAACCCGCCGCUCGCUGGCUAACGGCUUCGCGACCUGCGGUUCCGGCCUCGGUGGUCUCGUAUACUCGUUCGCUACAGGCGCCAUGAUAGAGCGGCUCGGAUUAGCCUGGGCGUUUCGAAUCCUCGGCAUUGUCGCAUUCGUUGCCAACACCAUCUGUGCGAUCCUCAUCAAAGAUCGGAACAAGAUCAUUGGCUCGACCCAUCUCGCCUUCGACAUAUCCCUAUUCAAGCGGCCCGAGUACCUGCUCAUGACCGCAUGGGGCUGGUUCAGCAUGCUGGCCUAUGUCGUCCUGAUUUUCAGUCUGGCAAACUAUGCCAACGAAAUCGGCCUGGGUUCGUCCGAGGCGGCAUUGAUAAGCGCAGUCUUCAACCUCGGCCAAGCGGUUGGGCGGCCCCUGAUUGGGUAUUUCAGCGAUCGCACCGGCCGCAUCACAAUGGCAGCCCUCAUGACCUUCUUUGCUGCCGUCAUGUCGUUGGCCGUCUGGAUUCCUGCCACCUUGUACGGGGUAUUGAUAUUCUAUUCGCUCGUGGGGGGUGCCGUGGCCGGCACGUUCUGGGUCACGAUCGGUCCGGUGACGGCGGAGGUGGUCGGUCUGAAGCACGUAGCCUCGGGGCUGAACAUCAUGUGGCUGACGAUUGUGCUGCCGUGCACGUUCAGCGAGCCCAUCGCCCUGAAGAUCGUCGACAACACGGGCAGCUACCUCGGCACGCAGCUUCUCGUCGGCAUCAUGUUCAUCGCCGGGGCUCUCUGCCUGUUCGUGCUGCGCGGGUGGAAGAUUGCCGAGGUCAACGAGAUUGCUCGCAUGACGAACCAGGCGCCGGAAGAGUUUGACCGGGUGAAGAUUGACAAUAACGAAGAGCUCGUGCAUUCGGCGCGGGUUGUUGCGAGGAAGGGGAUGCUCCUCGAGGUAUGGAGGCUGGGCAAGGUUUGA